AAACUGAAAUUAGUGCUGAGUGUUCAGAACUAAGAGAAUCAAAGUGCGUGGUAUAAAAAGAUUUAUAGAGUAACUUAAUUGUACAGACAAACAAGAUGAAAACGUUACUGAUUUUCGUCGUUUCGACCAUAGCUCUUGUUUCAUCGGAGUUCCAUUGCACACCAGGGUCUACGUUUCAAAUGGACUGUAACUCGUGCACUUGCUCUAAUGAUGGAAAAACAGCCAUGUGUACUGGUAUAGCUUGCAUUCAAGAAAACAAAAGCGACGUUACCGAUCCAGGAGAAAAAGGAGAAAACCUUGCACCCAUCCAAACUCAAGGAGUAGGUCAAGCGGAGUUUCACUGCACACCCGGAUCGAAUUUCCAUCAAGACUGCAACUCAUGCAUUUGCUUGAAAGAUGGACAAUCGGCCAUGUGCACUGGUAUAGCAUGUCCUACGAAGGUCAAAAGGGACCUCGAAACUGGACCACAGCAAGUAUGUGUACCAAAAUCCAAAUUCAAUGAUUACUGCAACACGUGUGGCUGCUCAGAUGACGGCUCAUCAUUUAUCUGUACCAGGCGAUUGUGCGAUCCGGAAGUUUGGAACAAGGACGGCACCAUGAAAAUUUCGCCGAAAUCUUUGCAAAGAGCAGCCAGAUCUAUUAGCCCAGAGCACAAAUGCAAACCUAGACAUCUCUUUAAAAAGGAUUGCAACCAUUGCGUUUGUAACGCUGGAGGUGAAACCGCUCAGUGUACGGUACUUGAUUGUUCAAAACUCGAUCUCUCCCAAUUUCAUAACAAUCCUUUGUACAUAAAACCGGCCCAGAAUCCAAGGAAAUAGAGUGGCUGGCUUUUUUAAAAUAAAAAACGAUUGACGAACU